UAUUUCCUUUCUUUCUCGCUUUCUCUUUGCUGUAAAAUACACACAGCCAAAAAAGAGAGAGCCAAGUCAUGGCUAGCUCUUUCCUCUACCUUCUCUUGCUCCUCCUCCUCUCUCCCUCUCUCUCAAUUGCGGCCUUACCUAGUGAGGCUCAAAUGACAGAGGCAGGAAACCGUCUCUCUGAAAAAUUCAGACAACUAAGAACAAAUGGACUGGGAGUAGAAUACAUGAAAUCUCAAUACAGUUCAGUUCUGGUUAAUUACUCUACUAUUGAAGUUGAUGAACUGUCGGCCAUUCAGAGCCUACUAUUCUUGUCAAAUCCCAGAACCCAAGCUCAGUUGAUGGUUCGGAUAAUCAACCAAGCAUCAAAUGCCGAUUUUGAUAUUGUUGAUAAUACAACUGUGAUACCACCAGACUGCUGCAGUAAUUCGGGUGAUUGCUGUUAUAAAUGUGUCCAGACAGAAGGCUCUAACUCUGUCAUAGAAGACCUGUACGUCAGCUUGUCUCCCUUGAAUGGAGCUGAUGAGGUUCAAGUGGGUUUCAAUGACGGUUCCUUGUUAGAGUUCCCAAGAAUAGCAAAAACGUCCUCGGGAGCAAACUGCAGUAGCUUAGACCCUAGACUAACUACUUGGUAUACUCGUGCUACUAAUGUGUCUGCAGGUACUCGCUAUAUUGUGUUGUUUUUGAAUCUUAACGGAGCCAGUAAUAUCACCAUUUUAAAGGAAGCUGCACUAAAAGUCAUUGGAUCUCUCACAGAGAUUGAUAUGAUAUCGCUAGUUGUGGUGAGCACUAACAGACAAAGGAUGUGUCCGUCUUCUUUUGAACCUGCCACAGAAUCACAAAAAUGGAUACUAUCAAGAAUAAUCAAUGAAGAAUUAUUAGAUUCACGUACAAGGGAUUAUCAAGAGGCUUUUAACAAGACAUGGGAUCUCUUUAAUGCAGUUACUGGUCUAGAGCGAUUGAUAAUAAUAACUGAGAACGAUGCCUAUGGGUUUGAUGGAGCAACAUUCAAUAAUAUACCAGCAGCUGGGUUUUUUACGAUUGUAUAUGCCAACCAGCUUUCUUCAUCUGCUAACUCGUUGGGUUUGUCUCCUGCAAGGAAUUCUGUCCCAUUAUCAGAGAUUAAUAACUAUUUACAUUUCUUUACAGCUAAUGCUGAUUUUUCUCCGACUCCGCCCAAUUUAGUUGCAACCGAUUUUAACUCCAAAGGAGAACUCUGUCUCUCUGUUUCACAGAUUAUUGCUGAUGAUACUAAUAAUCUAGUAGGCGUGGCUACUGUUCGUAGUCCCUGGAAACGACUCUUUGCAGGGCUAGAAAUGGACGUCCUUAAUAAUCGUCCAUCCUCGUAUUAUUUUGUAAUGAAAGGAGACGGUAAAAUGAUGUAUCACAGUAGAUAUCCUACUACUUAUGUUUAUGACAUUGACCCCACCACUAUUGAAAAUAAUGAAGCAUUUCCAACCAUCUUGAGUGCCAUCUUGAAUGGAGAGAAUGAGUCCUUGCCGUUCAAUAAUACAUUAUUAUACUCUAAUAAUAAUCAAAGUUAUUUCACUCGUAUUGUUCCCUCCACCUAUUACUGCUGGCAAGUCCUUGAUGAUGAAGUUUUUGUGACGCAUUCGCAAUCUACUCCACUGUUGAACAUAUUUGCUUGUUUGGUGUUAGCUGAUGAGGAUCAGUCAGUUGUUAAUACAUUCAGAGUACCUGAUAUUUCUGGUUCAUACAGUCAAAGAUCAGUCCCUAUCUAUCAAGAUUUACUUGAUUCAUCAACUGAUAGUUGUACCGAGUACUGUCAAUACACUUCUCGUAAUUCAUUAACACUUCAAAUAACCACGCCUCUAACUCCGCCCAACUCAUCAGAACUAAGAACCUUUUCAGAGUACAUCAAGGGUAAUUCAAGAAGUUCAUCUUAUGCUAAUAGUGGCAUAGCUGAAGCUGUGUCUGUCCAUUCUCGUAUUGAGAGGGCGUGGCUUAGAUCCACUAAUAAUUACGAAUCAAUAAUUAGACGUUAUUUGACCACACCCACCGGUAUAUUUCUAAGUUAUCGUGGUCUACAGUUAUCUAAUGAGUUUGAUCCUAAAGGACUUCCUUCUUAUAUUUCUGCUAUUACUAACGAUAAUGUCCUCUCACUCACUCCAGCAUUUACCGAUCCAUUGUUUCCUGAAUUAGGUACUUUACUCUACAGCAUCAGUGAAUCCGUUCGACUAUCAAUAGGAGAUAGAAAUCCACUUUUCAGUGUCUUAUCUGCUGACGUCAGCAUGAGCUCAUUAUUGGAGGACAUGGAUGAAGCUUUUGGUGGCAGAUUUUGUGGAGUCAGCAAUAGAGAGUGUACAGUGAUUACAAGUGAUGGGUAUUUUGUUUUGUUACCAAAUACAGUUACACCGCCUCGUCAUAUUACAGAACACACUGAUUAUGAUGGCAUUACAUUAUCUAUGAUUAAUAAUGGAGUGUUAGUGAAGACUGGUUGUAAUAAUAUUAAUGAUUUGGGUGUCAAUCAUGACAGAUUCUAUUAUGUCAAUUCUUCAGCUAUAUCAUCAAAUUCUUGUUACAUUACUGAAAAUGGGUGCAGGGACUAUUGUAUAAGUCCUAUAAGUGGCACAACUGGAUAUUUCAUUGUUUCCAAGCAAAAAUCAACUUGUUUACCUACUGCUUUUUCUUUCUGUCGUGCUGGGCAAACUGUGUGUUCAUUCUGUGAUACUUUUACUAAUGAUUUACAGUGUCCCUGCACUUGUAGGACUUCAGCAUGUAACAAUACCGCCUACGAUUUUCCUGUCUGUCCUAUGAAAAUGGCUCCAGCCACUUAUGAAAGAGCUGAUUCCUUUCCAGUCAUUCCUGAUGAUGUUAUGGCCUGUCCUCAAACUUGUAUGAAUCAAACUAAUGUUACAUGUAACCUAUUAUCCUGUAGCUGGUGCACUGAACAAAGCUCUUGUCUACCACUUGGCACAUGUUGUGUUACUACUGAUGCAGACUGCUGCAACCACUCAUCAAUAAGAUCACUGCCAGCUUGCUUAAGAGACUCAUGCUCUCCUCCAUCAACCCCCAGCUCAAAUACUACUGCCUCGUCUACGGAUGCUUCCUCACUUCCUAUCAUACUAGGACUAACGUUUGGUAUCCUUGCUGCAUUGAUUAUAGUUGCUCUUUUAGUUACUUGCUUCUUGUGGAACGUGUAUUGCAGGGUUAGCGAUUCUGAUGGUACCAAGAGUGAUUUCAAUUUUAAUAAUGAGCCGGUCAAAGCUAUAAAUCGAAGGACAUUAGAGAAUGAAAAUGAGAAUGGUGGUGGAGGUAGUAUUCCUCUUGAAAAAUUAUAGGAGAGAGGAGUUUCUCUUCUUCUCACACACACUGUCUCCCUCUGUUUCGUUUUUUCAUAUAGCUAUACUGUUUUUUGUGAACUUGUGCAGACCUUAGCGUCUGAGUAACUAUACUAUAAGUAAUUGACAUCAAAGAUUUUCAGAACUUGGUAUAUACUGUACACUUUCAUGCACUACUCUCUCUCUCUCUCUCCUUGUUGUAUUUGUUGUUAUCAAUAGACUUUCAUUUUUAAAA